AUGGCACUCAAAAUCCCGCUUCUACUUUAUGGAACCGCCUGGAAAGAGGAAAGGACGGCUCAUCUUACAGAGACGGCUGUGCUGAAAGGCUUUACCUGCAUUGAUACGGCCAACUACCCGACGGCGUACAACGAGAAAUUGACGGGCGAUGGGAUUGCGGCAGCUCUCAAGUCUGGCGUCAAAAGAAGAGAUCUUUUUAUUUACUCACACAUCAUGCUUAGAUCUAAACAAAAUUCGCGCCAGUCUGGGCUCACCAUCCGCUCUCUCGGCGUUUCCAACUUCAAGUUGCCACAGAUCAAGGAGGUGUAUGCCAACGCAACGGUUAAGCCCGUCAUCGUUCAGAACCGCUUCUACAAAGAGACGAGCUUUGACGUUGGCCUGCGAGAAUUUUGCGCAGAGAGAGCUGUAAAGCUUAACGUGGAGAAGGAGCUUGCUUUUUAUGUCUUGAUCUUGGGUUUGGGCGGGAUUCAGAUACUUGAUGGUACGACGAAUCCUGAGAGAAUGGCGCAGGACUUGAAGACGGUUGGCGAGGUGUUUGGUAAUAAGAGGCGGUUGCGUGAGUUGCAAACAGAUUUUGACGCGUUCCGCCAACUUUUGUCGAAACUAUCGACUGGAGCAGAGUAA